AUGGCGGCGGCGGCGGCGCCCGUAGGGGCUGCGGGGUCGGUUGCCGGCGGCGGCGGCGGCCCGGUGGCCGUGCGGCUGCCGCGGUCGCCGCCGCUCAAGGUGCUGGCGGAGCAGCUGCGGCGCGAUGCAGAGGGCGGCCCGGGCGCGUGGCGACUGUCGCGGGCGGCGACGGGCCGCGGGCCGCUGGAGCUGGUGACCGUGUGGAUGCAGGGCACGGUGGUGACGGCGGGCGGCGGCGAGGCGCGGCUGCGAGACCCGAGCGGGGCCUUCUCGGUGCGCGGCCUGGAGCGGGUGCCGCGCGGACGGCCCUGCCUUGUCCCAGGAAAGUAUGUGAUGGUGAUGGGAGUGGUUCAGGUGUGCAGCCCUGAGCCGUGCCUUCAGGCUGUGAAGAUGACAGACCUCUCGGAUAACCCUGUCCACGAAAACAUGUGGGAACUAGAAGUGGAAGAUUUACACAGGAUUAUUCCUUAGAUGACACUGGAACCCUUGCUAAUAACAACUGAAAUCCUGAAGCAAUUUAGGUUCUUACACCAUGUGGAUUUCACAGAUGUCAUUCUCCAUAUAUUUCUCCAAAGUUUCUCCAGGAGCUUUGCUUUGGUUGACCAAGGAGUCUGGAGGUUGGAUUUCUAAAUGCUGGGACACUCCACUUACCCUUUCCUUAGUGUCCCUUGCUUCGAUGACUCUUUGCAGAUGAAAAGCAGAUGUGUGCGCGUUUUUUUUUUCUCUUUUGGUUUAUGUGUGUUAAUGCUCUUCAAAGCAUGUAGACAUCUCAUGUUGCAUUUUCCAACUUUUAUAAGUGAUGGUACUUUUUCCGUUGCUGCUGCGACCCCCCCCCCCCUUUUUUUUUUUACCAUGCAGAAGUUAAAUCUCGCUCAUCGCCUGCGGUGAUUAAACUGUGGGGUUGUGGGCCUGGGAAACAGACUGCGUGAAAUGAGAAUGACAUCAUGGCCCGCCUCUUCUCUUCUCCCAUCAGCAACUUCCAUGUCCAGUUUGUAAGUCACACAGUGUUUUCCUGCUGCGGUACCAGUAUCCCCCCCAAGACAGCCCUCUCUGUGCUGCCGGGACCCCUGAGCAGUUAAGGUACAUUUCCUGGAGAUACCGAGGGUGUUAACACCUGUUAUUCGUCCUCACUUGGAGAUGUUGAAACACUUAGGAAAUUUCUUGUUGGAACUAAAAUCAAGAUUUGAGAAUGACUUUUAGGCAUUAACGGAAUUUCUGCCUCAUAAUUUUUGGUGAGACACUGCAAGGGAGCUACUUCCUGGUAUAGAGGCUUUCUUUCCCCCCCCCUCCCAUUUUAUUGAAGUAUAAUUGAGGUACAACAGUGUUUGAGGGGUGCAGCAUAAUGAUCUUACAGUUCCAACGUUUUCUGGAUGGAAUGACUUUUUGUUGUAAUUAUAAUUCAGGGUGGGUUUCUGCUCUCUGCUACUUAUUCAUGCCUUAUUUUUUCCAGGAUUGUAAAUAUCAAGGGAUUCAGAUUAUAUUCCCACAUUGCUGUA